CAGUCGAGCGCGUGUGUUGUUGGCUGCUGUCCAGCCGCUGAGGAUUCCCAUCGAAUUGGAAGACCACAAAAUAGUCGCAUGGAGCAGGAAGCAGGCAGAAGCUCCAAGAUGAGUGUGCUGCUGAAGCGACGCUCGCGCAGCGAAACGCGUCCCAAAGACGUUGCAGAUAAAUCCAAGCAGCAAUCGCAGCAGAAGCAGCUGGAGAAACACCAGGAGAAGCAUGAGCUGCAGGAGAGACCACAAGAGAGUCGUGGCAAGCCGCAUUCCAGUGAACAGAGUCUCAACAGAUUGGGAAUGGCCCAUCAUCAACAACAGUCCACCACCUUCUCGAUUGCGGGCGGUAUGGGCAGACGCAAAACCUCUGCGGAGCUGAUCUGCGAGGCCAAGCUUUUUCUUGGCGAAACAGUAGCCGGUGUCGGUGGAGGAGGAGGAGGAGGAGGAGGAGGUGCUGCUGGUGGCGCCGCCUUGCAAAUGAUGGCCACGGGAGGGGCACGUCUGGUCAGCACUCGACGUCCGAUCACACCGCGCGAACCAGGUCGAGUGCUCUACGGAAAGGUGGCCCUGGCCGGACGUCCACCCAGCGCAUUUUCCAUGCGGUAUCUACAGAAUGAGAAGCCAACGCCACGACAACUUCCCGCACUCUCUGGCACGGGGCCGACUACCCCGAUGCCCACUCGGAACGGGGCACUGCUCGGCCAGUCCACCACAGAGACGCUGAUUGAGCUGCUGAAGCAGCACAGCGGCCUGAAGGAGUGCACCAAUGAGACAGUCCAGCAUAUAAACGCAAUCUUGCAGGAGCUGUAUACCCGCGUGAGAAAGCAGGAGCGCAACUUUAAGCGGGGCUUCAUCUUGGGCGGGCUCUAUGGCCUCGUGGAGUGCACAUCACCGCGUGUUCUCCUGGCUGUGGCUCGAGUGGUGCUAGCUCUUCGGGUGACGGGCAGCAAUUUGACGGGCGCCUGCAAACUCAUCUUCAAGGUGGCCCGGCAUGAGCAGAAUGAUGCCUUGUUCCAUGACCAUGAUGUGCUGGAGCUGCUGAUCGACGGCCUGGGCCAUGCCUCACCGCUCGACGAGCCCGAAGCUUGCAUCUAUGCCUAUGGCUGUAUACGUUUCCUCACCGCCAGCAGUGCCCAGGACCGGGAUGAUGCUCUCAAUCGUAAUUGGAUUGGCUUGGGCGAGGCCAUAAAGGCUCCUCUUCCUGCUCCCGUUUCCGCUCCGCUUACUGCAAUGCCUGCGGCAGUGUUGUGUCCGCGCAAACUGACGGGACAGCAGACAUUGGUGGCACGUCUGGCCCGCCAUGGCGCCGUGGAGCUGAUGAUCCUCCAUCUGCAGAUGCUCAAUGAGGCAGGGGCCACCAAACGAUUGACCGGACCACCGCUGCAUACGCUCUACCAGCUGUCGGCGGCGAUGCGUGCCCUGGCGGAUGUCUCCCAACAGCAGCAGCGGCUUCAGUUGCAGCUGCAGCUAGCGUGUCCGCAUCUGAUCCGGGCCGCAGAGGUGUCCAUGGGGGAGCUGGAGGUCCAGGCCAAUGUUGUGCGGACUCUAAGCGUGCUCUCUGAGGACUCUGACUGCUGUGAGACUUUGCAUAACUAUGCCGCCAGAAUUGGCCUGCUGCUGGGUCCCUCCUGCUCGAGUGCGGGCGCCAGUGAACGUCUUCUGGCCGUUCUCAGUCGCCUGGGCUAUAUGCUGGGCAAUAUCCUGGCCAAGCACGAGUCUGCCAGAACCCAGUACUUCCACAACGAUGUGGCCAUGGAGUAUCUGCUGAAUGUGCUGGAGCAGCUGGGCGAACGCUCGCCGAGCAGUGUGACCCUCCUGGAUGCCCAGAUCAAGCUGAUUCGCGUGGUGGCCAACAUGAGCGUGAAUCCCGAGGUGGGCGCCGGCCUUGGCAAUGUCCGUUGCUUGGGUUCGGUGCUGCUGAAGCUGCUCAGCCACACAAGCGCCUCGCUGCUGCAGAAGAAGUCUGCGGAGCAGCAGGAGCUGCUGCACGCCACACUGGGUGCUCUGCACAAUCUGUGCUUCUAUCAGGAUAAACAGACGCCAGACAGCAUUGCCGCCCCGGCCGCCGGUUCCCUUCAGAGUCUAAUCGAUGAGCUGUCCGCGUCGCUGGCCGAAGUGUUGGCCAAAUGCCAGACGGCCGCCACCAAGGUGGAGCUGGUCCGGGUGCUGGGAAAUCUCACGCGUAACGAGCGGGCCCGUCGCUGCUUCUGUGCGGCCGGCGGACUGCCGCUGAUGGUACAGCAGUUGACCCGUCAGGCGGCCGGGCAGGACUACGAGCUGCGCACCUGCGCCAUCGGUGUUUUGGUCAAUCUGCUGGGCGAUGGUGAGCAACGGGCUCCUUUCCUGCAGCUGCGCGGCGGCGAACUGCUGUCGCUGUUGCUCCGUGGAUCGCUGGAGCAGGAAGACUGGUUCCUGGCCAACAUCGUGUGCCAGGCCCUAUGGAAUCUCCUCAUCGACGGCCAGUGUGCCGCCACUCUGUGUCGGAGCGGCUGCAUUCUGGACGAGGUGAGCGACCUGCUGGCCGACUAUCUCGACGAAGAUCGCCUCAACGCUGGCGACGAAGAUGACGAGCAGGCCGGCGACGAUGAGCACGAGCUGGAAACGCAGACGGAGGCGGAAAAGGAGGCGGACGCAGAUCACGAUGCCCUGUGGGAGGACUUUGCUCUGGUGGCCACCGAUCUUCUGGAGCGUAUCCAGAACAACUUCGAUAGGCAGCAGCAGCCGCAAUCGGUUGUGCGCACCGAUAACGAUGACGAUGGAGAUGUAUUAAUCGUGGAAAUGUAGGAAAUGAUCCGAUAACGAUGACGAUGGCCGUGUAUUCAUCGAGGAAAUGACCCCCGCCACGCACCACAGUCUCUGGUAUUUCUAAUCCAUCAAUAUCUUUAAUAGAAACAUAAUCCGAAGCCAAUAAAACAAAUUUGAAAAAACACUAAGCAACAAGGUCUAUUAAUUAUUUAAAAAAAACAGAAAGAAAUAUUUAAUCGAAAUUCA